AUGGCGGACAAUUAUGGUGAUUCCAAUUCAUCCAAUUCAGAUGAAUCUUGUCAUUCUGAUAGACUAUUUGUUGAUCAAAUUGCCUUCGACAUGAAAAACACGUGGUGGCUGUUGACUCUAUUUGUCUUGCUGAAUCGCAAGCAAAGGACAGUCUUGUGUGAAGCCAAGAAAUACAGUCCUCCGUUUCUGCUGGUCUCAAAUGCAUCAGACAUCGUUUCUCUCGACUAUAAUGAAACUUCGACUAUCAAACCAGUUUUGUCCGGUUUAUCAAGAGUUGUAGCCUUAGAUGUUCACUUCAACCUGGGCUACAUAUUUUGGAGUGAUGCAAUAGAGAGGAACAUUAAACGUUUCAAUCUAGAAAUCGCACACAUGACAAUAAUAAUUGCCAACAUAGGAGUCUGUAAUGGUCUGGCAGUGGAUUGGAGGGCAUCUAAGUUGUACUGGACUGAUGUAACAUAUGCUACAAUAUCCGUAUCAGACCUACAUGGAAACAACCGAUAUUUACAUAACUUUACAGGUUUAGACAAACCUCAGGGAAUAGCUGUUGAUCCUGACAGUGGCUUAAUGUUCUGGACUGACUGCGGAACUUAUCCAAAAAUCGAAAGGGCUACGUUGAGUGGAGAGCAAAGACUUGCCAUCAUUACAAAACAUCUUCACCAUCCCAACGAUGUUGAUCUUGACAGGGGAAAUAGGCGUCUCUACUGGGUGGAUGCAAAAUCAGACCGUGUGGAAUCAGCUGAUUACGAUGGUGGCAACAGAAAGCUGCUUCUCCAGCAGAAUUGGCUUUAUCCAUUCGGAGUGAUACUGGUUUCCCCAUUCCUAUUUGUUACCAACCGGAAUGUACAUAAACAGGUGGUCAAACUAGAUGCCAUGUCAGGAAAAAUAGUACAUACAUACAACACCAACAGUGAAGAUGUUCUGGGUAUCACAGCAUACGAAAGCAUCCAGACACUCAAACGUUCGCAAAAACCCUCAGGUUCCUACAUUAGUUAUUAUGAUUAUGUCCUCUUUUGGUUCGGCAUAGUGGUUGGUGGCCUCGCUGGUCUUAUAAUGCUGUGUUGCUGUUGGUACAAUGGUCCAUCACUAUAUUUGCGUUGCAAGACUCUAUGCGUAAAUCGGCUAGACAAACGGUCAAAGAAGAAAAUAGCAAUGGUGUUUGCGAGUACAGCAAAUCCUGAAAGUAAAAUCAUUCUUUUGAGAUUUUACAUUUGUGAUGAUGGCAAAGAUUCUGAGCGGAAAUUGAAAGAGGAAGGCAAGCAGGGUUUACCUAAGUCAGGGCUGUUGGGAGAAAAACCUUUCAAAAUGUACAACGACAAGAGUAACCUAAUCGUGGAACUUACUGAUAUUGAAGAUAACUGGAUAUUGCGCAUGUCUCAAGGUAGUCAGAUCUACGACUUCCACCAGGCCUAUGGGAAUGAAUUUCACACCAGAUAUGCUUGUGACAUCGCUUUGAAACCAACAGGAGGUCAAAAUCCGAGUAGUUUUUCAUGUCGCCUAAGCUUCCAUCAAGAAGGCCGAGGGCCCGCACACACAAUCUAUCUGCAUCUACAAGUAAGAUGCGUUACAGUAGCUGAUCUAACCUUUAGCCAACGAGCCCCUUUGUACUCACCGUCUGAUCAACGUUAUGCCAGCCAAGUAGCCUCUAAGCAGCCUGUUGCAGACUGGCUCCUCAAACUACCUAAGAAUGAUCUGUGAUUGUCUGGUCGCACCUAAGAGAAGGGUCGCUGACUACAGCACGUUUUGAAAAGCACACCAAUGGUCCAUCUUAUGCUCUUCUUGAUUACUUAGAGAGGAUGUCGCUCAAUUGUUGAAGGAAUAUGACAGGCUCAAAGAACAAGCAUAGACGGCUAACUUUCUCCCUUUUUUAAUUGGCGGCUUGUUAAUCGAUAAUGUAAGUUCUAUGUAAUUUUAUAGAAACUGUUUAGAAGGGGGAUAAUUUUAGAAAUUAAAAGCAGAUGUUUAACUUCCCUUAAACAGUCAUUCUGCAGUCCCCGGUUGUUAGAAGGGUGGAUAACACAAUCCGCUGAAUAAAUCUCUACACGGUGGAUGGUGCAGUAGGUUUUUUUAAUUGUAAUUUACUGGAUAGCGAUUUCUCACUUAGAUAGCUUUAUACGUUCUCUGAACAAUUAAGCCCUGAUGUGGUGCAAUUGCCAUGCAGAACUCAGGGGAGCAAAUACAUAGAUACACCUUAGCAAAGUAAAAGUAAGUUAAAUU